GGUUCGAAUUCGAUACCUUUUGAACACAAAGCCGCAUUUAAAAAAGCGAACUCUAGGCUACGGCCAUCUCUGUGGAAUCUAGAUAAUCUGCAGUUGCGUUGUUUGCAGUACUGAACAUGGAGAUGGAGAAGCCACAGAAGAAGCAAGUUCUUCUCUUUUACUGUAUGGAAGCCCAAGAUCUUGCUCGCAAAAUCGCUGCUCAAUCCGACCACAUUCAGCUCCAAUCCAUCAACUGGAGGAGUUUCGAUGAUGGAUUUCCUAACCUAUUCAUAAACAAUGCACAAGAUAUCAGAGGCCACCAUGUUUCUUUUCUUGCAUCUUUCAGCUCUCCAGCUGUAAUAUUUGAGCAACUCUCCGUUAUAUUUGCACUUCCGAGGCUCUUUGUUGCAUCUUUCACAUUGGUAUUACCUUUCUUUCCAACCGGAUCCUUUGAAAGGAUGGAAGAAGAAGGAGAUGUAGCUACUGCCUUCACCAUGGCAAGGAUAUUAUCAAACAUUCCAAUAUCAAGAGGUGGUCCGACAAGCUUAGUCAUAUACGACAUUCAUGCUUUGCAGGAAAGGUUCUACUUUGGGGACAAUGUUUUGCCUUGUUUCGAGACUGGGAUUCCUCUCUUGAAGCAACGUCUUCACCAGCUUGCCGAUUCUGAUAAUAUUGUAAUUGCCUUUCCAGAUGAUGGAGCUUGGAAGCGAUUCCACAAGCAGUUGGAUCACUUUCCCAUGGUGGUUUGUGCAAAAGUUCGCGAGGGUGAUAAAAGAAUAGUACGGCUGAAAGAAGGUAAUCCUACUGGUUACCAUGUAGUAAUUGUCGAUGAUCUGGUGCAAUCCGGAGGCACUUUAAUUGAAUGCCAGAAAGUUUUGGCAGCCCAUGGUGCAACCAAGGUCAGUGCUUAUGUCACUCACGCGGUGUUCCCUAAAAACUCUUGGGAGAGGUUUGUUCACAAAAAUGGUGAUGACUCGAACAAGGCGUUUGCGUACUUUUGGAUCACGGACUCGUGCUCCCCGACUGUGAAAAACAUUGAAAACAAAGCUCCGUUCGAAGUCCUAAGUCUAGCAGGAUCUAUUGCUGAUGCACUUCAAAUAUGAUCGGUUGGUUAUGAUAUUAUGGAUCAUUUAACGAUUAAAACAAAUGUCGAUUGGUGAUUAACAUCGCACCAGAACUUGAGAUUUUUCGGGUUUAGUAUGUGUGCCAUUCGAUGCAAUGUAAAUCAUAUGCAUCUUUUCACAGGAGAUUUGGAAACCUCAAUAACAAAGGAAAACAAUAUGAAGGUUCUGUUCGAUUUCCUUAGAUUUGGAAACCUCGAUAACAAAGGCCCCGUUUAAUUUG